AUGUACCCCGUUGGUCAAGCUCCAGCGGGGGACACGAAUGCUGGUGCGGUGAGUGUUGCGGGGGCAGUGACCGCGGCCGCGAGCACGCCUGGUGCUGCGGCCGGGGUGCCGAGCACUGCCCCCGCAACAGGUGCUACGACUCCAGGCACACCCGCAGCAGCGGGUGCAAUGAGCCUCGUGUCACCUGCACCCCUAGCAGAACUACCUACCCUCACCUGUCCUCGUCGCCCCAAUCUCGGUCAUGAAGGGAGGCCGAUUAUGCUUCGGGCUAACCACUUCCAAAUAUCCAUGCCCAGGGGUUUUGUUCAUCAUUAUGACGUCAAUAUACAACCAGAUAAAUGCCCCAGAAAGGUCAAUAGGGAAAUUGUUGAAACCAUGGUUCACUGUUAUAACAAAAUAUUUGGAGCACUCAAACCAGUAUUUGAUGGCAGAAACAAUUUAUAUACAAGAGACCCGUUACCUAUUGGAAAUGACAAAGUUGAAUUGGAGGUUAUAUUGCCAGGUGAAGGUAAAGACAGAGUGUUUCGUGUCAGCAUAAAAUGGGUAGCGCAAGUUUCAUUGUUCGCAUUAGAAGAGGCUCUUGAAGGUCGAACGAGGCAGAUUCCAUAUGACGCUAUUUUAGCUUUAGACGUAGUUAUGAGGCAUCUACCUUCUAUGAUGUAUACUCCAGUUGGACGAUCAUUUUUCUCCUCUCCUGAAGGGUAUUACCACCCAUUGGGUGGAGGUAGAGAAGUUUGGUUUGGUUUUCAUCAAUCUGUGAGGCCAAGUCAGUGGAAAAUGAUGCUUAAUAUUGAUGUAUCUGCUACCGCCUUUUACAAAGCACAGCCAGUUAUAGAAUUUAUGUGUGAAGUACUAGAUAUAAGAGAUAUUAAUGAUCAAAGAAAGCCUUUGACAGAUUCCCAAAGAGUAAAGUUCACAAAAGAAAUAAAAGGCCUGAAGAUUGAAAUUACCCAUUGCGGAACAAUGAAGAGAAAAUACAGAGUGUGCAAUGUAACUCGUCGACCCUCACAGAUGCAAUCGUUUCCCCUACAACUAGAGAAUGGGCAAACGGUUGAAUGUACUGUAGCUAAAUAUUUCUUGGACAAGUAUAAGAUGAAAUUAAGGUAUCCACACUUACCUUGUCUACAAGUAGGACAAGAGCAUAAACAUACAUAUUUACCCUUAGAAGUAUGUAACAUAGUACCAGGACAGAGAUGUAUAAAGAAGCUAACUGAUAUGCAGACAUCAACUAUGAUUAAGGCCACAGCCCGCUCUGCUCCAGACAGGGAACGAGAAAUAAAUAAUUUGGUCCGCCGAGCGAACUUUAACACUGACUUGUACGUAAAGGAGUUUGGGUUAACAAUCUCUAACAACAUGAUGGAGGUCAGAGGUCGCGUGUUGCCUCCACCUAAACUUCAAUAUGGUGGGCGAGUCUCUUCACUCGGCGGUCAAGCGUUGCCUAACCAGGGCGUAUGGGAUAUGAGGGGAAAACAAUUCUUUAUGGGAGUGGAGAUUCGAGUUUGGGCCAUAGCUUGCUUUGCCCCGCAAAGGACGGUCAGAGAAGACGCUCUCAAAAAUUUCACCCAACAACUCCAGAAGAUAUCAAAUGACGCGGGUAUGCCCAUAAUUGGGCAACCUUGCUUUUGCAAGUAUGCAACAGGCCCGGACCAAGUUGAGCCAAUGUUUAAAUACCUCAAGAGCACUUUUGUCCAGUUGCAGCUUGUAGUUGUCGUGUUGCCAGGGAAAACGCCUGUCUAUGCCGAAGUAAAGCGCGUAGGAGAUACUGUACUAGGUAUGGCGACGCAGUGUGUUCAAGCAAAGAAUGUGAACAAAACAUCGCCUCAGACUCUAAGCAAUUUGUGCCUCAAAAUCAACGUGAAACUUGGAGGAAUUAAUUCUAUUCUGGUGCCAUCUCUUCGUCCAAAGGUGUUCAACGAGCCGGUGAUAUUCCUGGGCGUGGACGUGACGCACCCGCCGGCCGGCGACAACAAGAAGCCGUCCAUCGCCGCGGUGGUGGGCUCCAUGGACGCUCACCCCUCGCGAUACGCCGCCACCGUCCGCGUGCAGCAACACAGUUUGUCCAUUUCCAGACAAGAGAUAGUUCACGAGAUGAGUAGCAUGGUACAAGAGCUGCUGAUAAUGUUCUACAAGAGUACAGGCGGGUUCAAGCCUCACCGUAUCAUCAUGUACCGCGACGGUAUCUCGGAGGGUCAGUUCCUUCACGUGUUGCAGCAUGAACUCACUGCCGUUAGAGAAGCUUGUAUCAAGUUGGAAGCGGAAUACAAACCUGGUAUCACAUUCAUAGUAGUUCAAAAAAGACAUCACACGAGGCUAUUUUGCGCUGAUAAGAAGGAACAAUCGGGCAAGUCUGGCAACAUACCCGCCGGCACCACAGUCGACCUCGGCAUCACGCAUCCUACCGAGUUCGACUUUUAUCUCUGCAGUCACCAGGGAAUACAGGGCACGUCGCGGCCGUCGCACUACCACGUGCUGUGGGACGACAACCACUUCGGGUCGGACGAGCUGCAGUGCCUGACGUACCAGCUGUGCCACACGUACGUGCGCUGCACGCGCUCGGUGUCGAUCCCGGCGCCCGCCUACUACGCGCACCUCGUGGCCUUCCGCGCGCGCUACCACCUCGUGGAGAAGGAGCACGACUCGGGCGAGGGCUCGCACCAGUCCGGCUGCAGCGAGGACCGCACGCCCAUCGCCAUGGCCCGCGCUAUCACCGUUCACGCCGUCACCAAGAAGGUCAUGUACUUCGCCUAA